UCCUUAAUUCUUUGGCUAUAAACAAAACCUUAUAUAUGUAUGUAUGUAUGUAUAGUUUCUAAGGAGAAGAAGAAGAGAAGAAGAUGGAAUGGAAAUAUAUGGUGGGAUUGGUUCUGAUUAUUUGUGUUGUGAUCAUGUGGGUUACCUCUGCAGAGGUCACUCAGGGUGUAUUUGAAGACUAUAAGCAUCCAUUUGUAGUAUCAUAUAUUGGGACCUCCCUCUUGACCCUUUAUCUUCCAUUAGCAUUCUUUAAAGAUUUCUUAUUAAAGCUUCUUAGAGGUCUCCAAGGCCCUCAAAAUCCCUCUGUCCAACAAGACGACAAGCACCGAAUCAACCUUAAAACCCUGCCGGAUCAUGUCAUAGAACUUGGUACGAAAGAGGAAAGCAAUGAUAUUAUGGAAUCCCAAAAGAAUGAUGGAAUAAUGCUUAGUGCAAUGCAAGUUGUAGCAUUUGGCUUUUGCAUGGCUCCCAUUUGGUUUGCAACCGAGUAUCUAACUAAUGCUGCACUGGCAAGAACAAGUGUUGCCAAUACAACGUUGUUGUCUUCAACUUCAGGGCUUUUCACUUUAAUAUUCGGUGCAAUUUUGGGACAAGACUCCAUUAAUGCCGUGAAUGUAGUUUCAGUCGUCAUUAGCAUUACAGGUGUUGCCAUGACUGCAUUUGGAGACACAUGGUGGCCCCUAAAUGAAUCAAAACCAAUCACUAACAACAACGAAAACCAUGUUACUGUAGGAAAUCUUUUGGAAAUGCUCUCAGCAAUGAUUUAUGGACUAUUUUCAGUUUUGCUUAAGAAAUUUUCUGGAGAACAAGGAGAAAAGGUAGACAUGCAGAAGUUGUUUGGCUAUAUUGGAGUAUUUACAUUUGUUGCGCUUUGGUGGCUUGCAUGGCCAUUGACUGCUAUUGGGAUUGAACCAAAGUUCACAUUUCCUCGAUCGACCAAUUUACAAGAGAUAAUUAUCAUAAACAGUUUCAUUGGGAAUUUCCUGUCAGACUAUUUUUGGGCAUUAGGUGUUGUGUGGACAUCCCCUUUGGUUGCUUCGCUUGGUGUUUCACUUACAAUACCCAUUGCAGUAUUGGAAGACAUGAUAAUACAUGGUCGACAAUAUUCAGUGAUUUAUAUGAUUGGCGCAGCUCAGGUAUUUCUGGGAUUUCUAAUAGCUAAUAUGCCAAACUGGAUUUUAGAGAAGUUGAAAUUAAGAGUUUAAGGCGGCACGAUUGCUUGACUAAAGUUUCGGUUUGUGACGCAUGAUCAUGAAUUUUGUAUACUAUAUUAAGAAAUUGAAACCUUUUGGAUAAUAUUUUUUUCAUUUAAUUUCGGAUUAAAAUAAUAUGGUAUUCGUAAUUAUAGUAAAUUCAAAUAUCCAAUUAUCUUUACUGAUUUUUUUACUAAA